UCGACUGUAAAGCAUGCAGAUGUUAAGGGAGAAGAUUGCUAAACUGGCCGGCGGUGUACAGCAAGGCAUAGCGUGGUUUAAAGCUGGAGGCAUCAUCAGCCCAAUGGUUCUCAUCUACGUACUGCACAUGCUCUGAUUUGAUUCAUUUAACACAUUCAUCGCCGUGCUAAAAUCGUCCAAGGCGAUUUCCAUAAGGUAUCUCCCAAAGAUGUGGCGCUAAACGUGUUAAUAUCAGCUUCAGUGGCAGAUAACAGAGGAAGUAAGCCUCUGUAUACGGGAGCGAAGCCGAAAACUUAAAUUUAAAAUUAAAUUAAACGGUGGCGUAAGAGUUUAGAGAUUGGUUUUUCAACUAACAUGAUUCUUGUGCACCGUACGAAUCUUUACUUUCUCUUCGAACUGUAGGCCGGAAUUUCGCCCAUUCAGUAUCCUGUUUGUGGUUGCGAUUGGAUUUCUCUGGGACCGCUCGCCAAUGGAGCCGUAUCCAUCGAUAAGAACUUCCCCGUUAGGUGAGAUCUGUGCCAAGAUUUGGACGCUUCGGACGACUAGACCUAUCAGUAUGGUGGUUGGCAGUGUGGCGGGCAUGCUGUCGCUUAUCUAUCUAGUUUGCAACGUAUUCCCGCUGUGGUUAUCCCUGACAAUGACGGGUUUGCUCGUGUACUGGGAUCGAUGGCAGUUUGGCGUAGCAGGUACGUUCAGCAAUCCAUCAAGUUUGCGUGACACACUUACUGAGCAGGAGAUUGACGAAUUCGUGCCGGAACUGACGGAAGUGAAUCGUGUCCUGCUGCAGGAGGUCGGUGAGCAGGGUGCAGACACGAACCCCUUGGUGGAAGCUUUUACACCCGGCGAGGCCAGCAAAAACAAAGCCGAAGAAGACGAAGAACUUUACCUCAAAACGCUCAUACCGGAAGCGAGCAGCAAUGAUUUCGAAUCGGCCGAACUGAGCGGUUCCAGCAGCGACGAGCUGUACUGUCCCGAGGGCCCGGUAGUGCGAAAGACCGCAUCCGGCCGGUUACACGCCAAACAUCACGCCGAAAAACCGAUCGAGUUUAAGAGCAGUCACUUUAACGCAAACAGUUCCUCCGACUCGGAUGACAACAUGUCACGGGGUUUGUGCUUCAACGAUGAGAGUGAUGCAGUGAGUAGACGCACCGGCGACAAAAGACAGCAACCGGACAUGAUGAUGUUGAUGAGUGCCGGCAGCCUCGCAACCAAUGUCCUGAUGGACACGAUGUGCAAACGCUUGCUGGACGCUGGUGCGCUUCAGCAGCAACCACCACACAGCGUCCUGCAGUCGGUUGGGUUCGAUCCACGGAAUCCGCUGGUAGCCUCGAUCGGCACCACGUUACAGGCGUUACGGGGGCAAACGGUACAGGUGCCGGAAGAGGAAAACGACGAAUCGACCGAUGCGGAUGAGGAUAGCGAUUUCGAAAUGCUCAACUCAGAGGAACUGAAUAAUUUAUGAACAUGAGGUUCUGGUUUUUGUUCCAGGGUACUUCCGGUGUGAAAGGUAUAAAGGGCGUUGGAAAUUCGAUUUUUGCAAUGCCAAUUUCCGGCGUUUUGUUUGAUCGCUUACGUUGUUACUGGUUUGAAACCCUGUUGCCAUCCCGAGAAAAAGGGCUUACCGAAUUGCCCUUUGUUUUCUGUAAUUAUUUGAAUUAUGUGUUAUAUUGUUAAUUUAAUCAACCUAGUUGUUAGACAUCAUUUUCCGGAGAUGAUCCACCCCACACUAUCUUUUUUCGCAAACCACUACUCUCACUUGUUCCAACAGUUAUGUUUAUCCUUCACGGCUAACACGGCGGUACCCGUGCGGAAAGUAAUUGCGUUAAAACGAUGCAUAGUAACACCAGCUUAUAUUAAUUUGACCAGUUUUGCAACCACUACAUCGAAUGUAGCAGACAUCGUUUUUAAAACAACCAUAAUACGAAAACACAGCAGAUUGUGUUUGUUUCAAGGAUCUUAAUCGGAUUAUGUUACAAAAAUUAACCAUUUAUAUUCAACUCAGCCAGCAGCCCGAUGCCCAAAUUUUUUAUUUAACAAAAAUCGUUACAUGCACAGAUUCUAUUUGUUUUGUCGUUAAAAAGGCCGCUCGCCCGACUCGACUCUGUGUGAUCGUUACCCCCGGGGGGAGUUAUGAACGGUUUUCCAGUUCUAGUCUAACUUUAUGAUAUGAGUGCAAACCAAGAAAUGUAUCGUAUGAAUUUACUCAAAACAGCAGUAGAACUAGUAAAACAUUAUUUGACAGAAACAUACAUGUAUGAAAUGUGAUAUAAGUACAUCAGCGAAGUAAGGCUUCUCCAACGAAGUGCUAAUAAAUGUUAAAGAAUGAAACCUGCUAAGAU